CCGCACCAAAAAAGCGUACCACAGAGGUCCAAUAGUGCACAGUUUUUGUGCCUUUUAUUUAUCUUAUCGCGGAGUCUUCUUCGUUUUCGUCUUUGCUUCGUCUCGUCUCUUUUCGUCUUGUGGUCUCGUUUAGCGCACGCACACACACUCUCGACCGUUGCAACGCAGACAAAACAACUCCAGCUGUUGUUAUUAUUAUUGCAUUCGAUUGCAGUAAUUGUUAAUUUAUACACAACAAUACAAAAAGAGUAUGCUGAAAAUUGCAGCUGAGGGCAUCGCACCACGCUUGGCGGCCUGUUGCCUUAUCAACUCCAGCGCCCAGAGCAGCUGUCAGCGAGUGGCGCCCCAAGCGGCCAAAGCCACCCAAAAGUAUCUGUCACAGUCGCAGAUGCUCCACAAGAAGCUGGUCAUCAAGGAUCACUACGAGUUUGAUCAGAAGGUGAUCAACAGCGACAAUCCGGUGAUUGUGAAUUUCCAUGCGGAAUGGUGCGAUCCCUGCAAGAUACUCACACCAAAGAUGCUCGAGCUGCUCGAGAAUUCGACUGAGAUCGAUUUGGCCGUCAUCGAUGUGGAGGACAAUCUCGAUCUGGUCGAAACGUUUGAGGUCAAAGCGGUGCCCGCCGUUCUCGCCUUUCGCAACGGCGUCGUCGUGGACAAGUUCAUCGGUCUGGUGGAUGCCAACAGCAUAGAGACGUUGAUCGACAAGCUGAAGCGCAAGCAACAGCAGAAGCAAUAG